AUGGGUAACUAUAACAAAUACUCGUCUGGUUCAGGUACCGGAUCUAACGAGGAUGAUUUUGUCACGUACAUGAACGAGAUCAAUGAUAUAAACAAUUCGUUGGACCAGUAUUCCAACUUAAUCAAUUUAGUGUCGAACAAGCAAAGAAAUUUCGUACAAGAGUUGGAUUUGAACGAAGAGGAUGCUGAUUAUAACUCAAAACAAAUCGACGCAUUAGUAUCGGAAUCCCAAUCGUUGCAAAAUGAUUUAAAGAAUCGUAUUAAAAAUGUGCAGACUCAAGCUGCGCAGGCGAAGGACCAGCACAAGAUGGAUCAGGCGGAAAGCUGUAGAAAGAGAUUUUUGGAGAUUAUCCAAGAAUAUAGAGUCGUGGAGUCUAAUAACAGAGAGCAAACGAAGGUCCAAGCUGAAAGACAGUAUAGAAUUAUAAAACCAGAAGCAUCUGAUGACGAAGUUCGUGCAGCAGUCGAAGACGGCAAUAGUCAACAGUACUUCCAGCAAGCUUUAAUGCAAUCUAACAGAAGAGGUGAGGCUAGAACUGUAUUAAACGAAGUCCAAGUGAGACACCGUGAAUUAUUGAAAUUAGAAAAGACCAUGGCUGAGUUAACUCAAUUGUUCCAUGACAUGGAGGAGAUGAUUAUCGAACAAGAUCAACCAAUUCAACAAAUUGAUGAACAAAUUCACACUGCUCAACAUGAUAUUGAACAAGGUGUUGGACACACCAACAAGGCUGUCACUAGUGCCAAGAAAGCCAGAAAGAAGAGAAUCUGGUGUCUUGUUAUCUGUUUGAUUAUUGCUGCCAUUCUCGCCAUUGUUCUUGGUAUCGUCUUUGGUAGAAAGUAA